GGACUUCAUUUCUUGUAAAGUGGUCUUAUGCUUUGCUUACUUCCAAACAAUGAAGGGCUGGGUCAUCAACAAUAGGGGAUAAAGGGUAUUUUCAUGAUUGGUGACCUGCAAUUUUGGAGUUAGCCUGUGAAGAAAAUCAAUGAUACUUCAAGGAUGCCAUGUGAGGAAAACAAUAAGAAAACAAAAGGAAGGGCAUGAGAGUUUAGACUAUGAUCUGAAAUGAAGGGACGAGGUCAAAAUUUCACGUCAUUCACAAAUUUAUUUGCAUUGCUCAGCAUAACUUCCAAUAAUGCCUGUAUACAGUCAUACUUUUCUUUUGCUCAUUAAGUCACACAAGUUCUCUACCUCAACACAUGGUGGAAAACUGACCAAGAGAGCGUGCAUUGGCCUUCUCAAAGCUUGCAAAUCAAUGUUCCACCUCAAGCAAAUCCAGGCUCAGAUGUUUCUUGCGGGUCUACAUGAAGACUUGGACACCCUCGGCAAACUUAUGGUCAUCUGUACUGACUCAUCUGUUGGGGACUUACACUAUGCAUGUAGAACCUUUAACUACCUUCAUAAGCCAUCCUUGUUUAUAUACAAUCUUAUGACCAAAGCCUUUGUGGAAAAGAGUAGUUUCAGAGAAGCCAUUUCCUUAUUUAGUCAACUGAGAAAAGAUGGUUUAUGGCCAGAUAAUUAUACAUAUCCAUUUGUCCUUAAGGCUAUUGGUUGUAUUGGACAGUUUAAUGAAGCUGUGAAGGUUCAUGGCUUCAUAGUGAAGACCGGGCUUGAGCUUGAUACUUAUGUUUGUAACUCACUAAUGAGAAUGUAUGCAGAAUUGGGUAAAGUAGAUAGUUUUGAAAAGUUAUUUGAAAAUAUGUCAGAGAAAGAUAAGGUUUCUUGGAAUAUCAUGAUUACAAGUUAUGUAAAGUGUAGGAGAUUCAAAGAUGCCAUUACUAUUUUUCAGCGGAUGCUAGAAGAAAGCAAUGAGAAGCCUGAUGAAGCUACGGUGGUAAGCACUCUUUCAGCCUGUACAGCAUUAAAAGAUUUGGAUCUUGGUAAGGAAAUUCACAGUUAUGUCUUGAGUGAAUUCCUUUUAACAACUAUAGUGGGCAAUGCAUUAGUGGACAUGUACUGCAAGUGUGGCUGCGUAAGUAUAGCUCAGGAAAUUUUUGAUGAGGUGCCUAUGAAAAAUGUGAUUUGUUGGACAAGUAUGAUAAAUGGGUAUGUGACUUGUGGUCAGCUGGAUGAAGCUCGAGAUUUGUUUGAGAAAAGUCCAACGAGGGAUAUUGUUCUUUGGACAACUAUGAUUAAUGGCUAUGUGCAAUUCAAUUGCUUUGAUGAGGCAGUUGCAUUAUUUCAAGAGAUGCAAAUGAGAAGAAUCAAACCAGAUAAAUUUAUUGUUGUUACUCUCCUUACAGGUUGUGCUCAGUUGGGAGCCCUGGAGCAAGGGAAAUGGAUUCAUGGUUACAUAGACGGGAACAAAGUGACAUUGGAUGCCGUGGUUGGUACUGCCCUUAUUGAAAUGUAUGCAAAAUGUGGUUGCAUAGAGAAAUCUUUGGAGAUUUUCUAUAGGUUAAGGGAAAGAGAUACAGCCACAUGGACUUCUAUUGUCUGUGGUCUUGCAUUGAAUGGUAAGACAAGCAAAGCCCUUGAGCUCUUUCAAGAAAUGAAAAAAUUUGGGGCUAGACCUGAUGACAUCACCUUUAUUGGUGUUCUAAGUGCUUGCAGUCAUGGGGGAUUGGUAGAAGAAGGGCAUAAGAUCUUUUAUUCCAUGAAGAGAACAUAUCAAAUUGAGCCCAAGGUGCAACACUAUGGGUGUUUCAUUGAUCUUCUUGGUCGAGCUGGACUGCUACAUGAAGCAGAAGAGUUAAUUAAGAAGUUGCCAGAUCAAAAAAAUGAGAUGAUAAUUCCACUUUAUGGAUCUCUGCUGAGUGCCUGCAGAUUUUAUGGCAAUAUUGAAAUGGGCGAAAGGAUUGCUCAACGACUGGGAAAUAUUGAAUAUAGUGAUUCCAGUUUGCAUACGCUUUUGGCUAACAUUUAUGCUUCUGCUGACAGAUGGGAAGAUGUGAGCAAGGUCAGAAACAAGAUGAAAGACUUGGGAAUCAAGAAAUUUCCUGGAUGUAGUGCUAUUGAGGUGAAUGGCAUUCUCCAUGAGUUUCUUGUUGGCAACCCAUCUCACCCUGAAAUAGGUCACCCUGAAAUAAGAGACACAUAUUCCAUGCUGGAUGCAAUAACUAAACCCUUGUUUGGUUCAGAAGUAAAUGAGAUGGAAACAGAAAUUUUAUGUCUAAUGAAUUCUUAA